ACAGCUUUGUACUUAACAACUCUGAAACUGAAUCCGGGUAACGGUGGUGACCUUGGCGAGUUAGUCAUCAUGGCGGCCAUCGUCAGAUUGAGUUCUGUGUGUCGUAGGGGUGUAAAACCUCUUUUCUACCAAAGCACCCUGCUGACUAGGCCAGCUGUUGUCCUUCUCAAAGAGCUGCAGCCCCACCCCCUGACUGCAAGGAUCCAUUCGUCACCACCUCUCUACGCGGGCUCCGACUCCAAAGCCGCGUCCCUUCACUGGACAGCAGAGCGAGUGCUGAGCAUCGCCCUGCUUGCCUUGGGUCCUGUGGCGUACUUCAGCCCCGGGCCAGUCAUCGAUUACUCCCUGGCUGCUGCUCUCACCCUGCAUGGACACUGGGGUCUGGGUCAGGUGUUAACGGACUAUGUCCAUGGGGACACAAAGGUCAAGCUCGCCAGUGCAGGCCUCUUCGUCCUGUCCACGGUCACCUUCGCCGGACUCUGCUACUUCAACUACAAUGACGUGGGCAUCUGCAAUGCUGUCGCUCUCCUCUGGAGCAAAUGAGAGGGAUUUUGGACUUGUGAGCUCAGGGGGAACCAGUGCUUUGGGAGAAAUCUUGUCCCACCUAAUUGUAAAAAAAUAAUAAUAAGUCAACAUGUUCUUUAUAAGUUCUAUCAUUUUGCAUUUUCUGAGGAUGUCAUGUGUUUGUUUAAUAGAUGCUGAUCCUUUCCAGCUUGUUUUUUUCCAUGGAGUUGAGCUGCAAGCAUUUACUUUGGAUAUUCAAGCAUUUUCAUCCAUACAGUUAUGGUUGUGAUCAAGUCUUACAGAAUACAAAAGUUUAACAUCUUCCGUCGUGUUUUAUAUAUAUAUCAGCCACACACUCUGACACAGCAGCCCAUUCUGCAGCUCUAACUCAGCUUUGGAGGUUUUUCACAAGCCACAAUAAAGUUAUUUUAUGAUUCA